GAGCAGCAUCGAUCAAUUGAUUCAUAAUGGCGUCGGUCUACAAGGCGGUUUCAAAAAAGAACUCCCGACAACUCGAGGAGGACCAGGAUAUGGAGGAUGUGGAAAUGGAAGAUAUCAUUGCGGGAGCAGACGAUACCAGCGAUAGCGACAGCGAGGAAGAUGAAGUUGAAGCGAAGAAGCAGGUGCCCUCGGGACAGAUGCCCAAGACCCGGGUUUUAAUGCUGACGUCCAGGGGCGUGACACACCGGCAUCGACACCUACUGGCCGAUCUUACAGCUCUACUUCCUCAUACUCACAAGGAAACCAAACUGGACACGAAAAAGAAAACAGCCGGAUAUAACCUCCUACUUAAUUCUCUGGCAGACCUCCAUUCCUGCAAUGUGAUUUUCUUCCUUGAAGCUCGCAAGCGGGGCCAGGAUUUGUACCUUUGGAUCUCGCGCCCGCCUAACGGUCCAACGAUCAGAUUCAAUGUGACGAAUUUGCACACGAUGGGCGAGCUUGGAACGGGAUUUUCAGGGAACUGCCUCAAGGGUGGAAGGGGAAUUGUCGUGUUUGAUCGGUCAUUUGACGAGCAGGGUCCCAACAUGGGCAGUUCCGGGACAGAGUACCGAGGACUUAUCCGGGAAAUGCUCCGUGGAGUGUUCUGUGUUCCUAAGCGCGGCGUGAGAGGCAUGAAACCCUUUAUCGAUCGCAUCAUCGGCGUCUUUGGCGUAGAUGGAAAGAUCUGGAUCCGUGUCUAUGAGAUCAGGGAGUCUGAGGGUGGCGGCAAGAAGAAGUCCGAGGACGGAGAGAAGGAAGACAAUGAGAAGACCAAGCCGGCCCCCGCUAAAGGCAAGAAAGGAUUGCCGGAUAUCUCUCUUGUUGAGAUCGGUCCUCGCUUUGUCUUGACCCCUAUCGUCAUCUUGGAGGGUAGUUUCGGAGGCCCCGUCAUUUACGAGAAUAAGGAGUAUGUCAGCCCGAACCAAGUUCGGAGGGAGGUCCGCAUGAAGAAGGCGAGCCGAUACUCGCAACGCAGAGACAACCAGACGGGUCGCGUCGCCAAGCGCUCGGAACUGGGACUGGGAGAAGGAGGGAAGAAGCCGGAUGCACUGGAUACAAGGAAAAUCUUUGCUUGAUUGUUGUCUAUUUUGUUUGUCCUUUUCCUACGUUUUUCAUUUCUCUUUCCCACUUUCUUCCCUUUUACACUUGAUAUCCCUUUGUCUGGGGAAUGACUGCAUUUUGUUAAAAGAAGGAUACGGAUCUGGAGAGGCGUUGACUGCGUUCCCGGAAUGAAUAAUAGUUCCUUUUCUUGAUAUUGCAGUAGUGUAAUCGGUAAGCGAGCCGGCAGUGUUGCUUCAGUAGGUUGAGCAUAUUGAGCUUCUUGGACCUUAUUCUCAUGCCGUAGAAGCUGCUUUAAGCUGCAAAAGCACCCUUUCUGGAUUGAAUGCGAUUAGGUCGGUUGCUCUGAAGCCAUAGAUAGGACCCCCUUCUACAACAAUACAAGGUGGAAGCAC